AUAGAGGGCUGCACGCCAUAAAACCGUGCUGCGGUGGCAACCAAUUGAGAGUGAUUUCGCCCCGUUACAGAGCAGCUGGUUUCCAGAAAGUUCAUCAUUGUAUCAUAAAGGCAUCAUUGUAUAACUACUUAAACGCUCUCCUUAGUAUUCAACAUUCAGGUCUGCCGUUUACUCGUGAUCAGUAGUUUUCCUCGGUACAAAAAUAAAAGAUGUUGCUGAAACUGGGAGGGAUGCGAGCCGCACUGGGUGCGUUGGCAUUGCGCAGGGCCUGGUGUCUGUCUCGCUCGGGUCAUACGGCAUCGCAGACACUGGAGUACAAGCCUAUUAAAAAAGUCAUGGUGGCUAACAGAGGAGAGAUUGCCAUCCGGGUUUUCCGGGCGUGUACAGAGCUGGGAAUCCGGACGGUUGCUGUGUACUCUGAGCAGGACACUGGCCAGAUGCAUAGGCAGAAGGCAGAUGAGGCCUACCUCAUAGGAAAGGGUCUGCCGCCUGUCGCUGCUUAUCUCCACAUACCCGACAUCAUCAAAGUGGCCAAGGAGAAUGACGUCGACGCUAUCCACCCGGGUUACGGCUUUUUGUCCGAGAGGGCCGAUUUUGCUCAGGCGUGUUCCGACGCUGGGGUGCGUUUUAUCGGCCCUUCUCCUGAGGUGGUCCGUAAGAUGGGUGACAAGGUGGAGGCUCGUUCCAUUGCCAUCCGUGCUGGUGUGCCAGUGGUGCCUGGAACAGAUGCUCCGAUCUCCUGCUUGCAGGAAGCACAGGAGUUCUCCAACACGUAUGGUUUCCCAAUCAUUUUCAAGGCGGCCUAUGGGGGCGGAGGGCGCGGCAUGCGGGUGGUGCGGGAGUACGAGGAACUGGAAGAAAACUACCAGCGGGCCUACUCCGAAGCCCUGGCUGCCUUUGGCAAUGGAGCUCUGUUUGUGGAGAAAUUCAUUGAGAAGCCAAGGCACAUUGAAGUACAAAUCCUGGGUGACAAGUAUGGGAACGUGAUACACCUGUAUGAGAGGGACUGCUCUAUCCAGAGGAGACACCAGAAGGUGGUAGAGAUCGCUCCAGCCUCACAGUUAGAUCCCCAUCUCCGAGACAGACUCACGGCAGACUCGGUCAACCUGGCCAAACAGGUUGGCUAUGAGAACGCCGGCACGGUCGAGUUCCUGGUGGAUAAGAACGGAAAGCACUACUUCAUCGAGGUGAACUCUCGUCUCCAGGUGGAGCACACGGUUACUGAGGAGAUCACAGAUGUGGACUUGGUGCAUGCUCAGGUGCGAAUAUGUGAAGGCCGCAGCCUGCCUGAGCUUGGUCUGAAGCAAGAUAAAAUCAAGAUCAAUGGCUCAGCCAUCCAGUGUCGUGUAACCACUGAGGAUCCAGCACGAGGCUUCCAGCCAGACACAGGAAGACUAGAGGUUUUCCGCAGCGGUGAAGGAAUGGGCAUUCGGCUAGACAGCGCUUCAGCUUUCCAGGGUGCUGUUAUCUCCCCACACUAUGAUUCUCUCCUGGUUAAAGUCAUUGCCAGCGGUAAGGACCUUCCUGCCGCCGCUGCCAAAAUGAACCGGGCCCUUGCAGAGUUCCGCGUGCGUGGAGUUAAGACAAAUAUACCGUUCCUCCAGAACGUCUUGAAUAACGACCAGUUCCUGUACGGCACCGUGGACACGCAGUUCAUCGACGAGAACCAGGAACUUUUCAACCUCAGACCUGUUCAGAACCGAGCCCAGAAACUCUUACAUUAUCUGGGUCAUGUCAUGGUGAAUGGACCAACGACUCCCAUCCCUGUGAAAGCUAAGCCUUCCUCUAUUGAUCCAGUCAUCCCAGCAGUGCCUCUCGGAGCUCCUCCAACGGGUUUUAGAGAUGUGUUGCUAAAAGAAGGCCCUGAAGGCUUUGCCAAAGCGGUGCGCUCCCACAAAGGUCUGCUGUUGAUGGACACGACCUUCAGAGAUGCCCACCAAUCUCUCCUGGCCACUCGGGUGCGCACUCAUGACCUUAAAAAGAUUGCACCUUUUGUGGCUCACAACUUCAACAGCCUCUUCAGCCUGGAAAACUGGGGAGGUGCUACAUUUGAUGUGGCAAUGCGCUUCUUAUGCGAGUGUCCUUGGAAGAGGUUGCAGGAGCUGCGUUCUCUGAUCCCCAAUGUGCCUUUCCAGAUGCUUCUGAGAGGAGCCAAUGCUGUGGGAUACACAAACUACCCAGACAACGCAGUCUACAAGUUUUGCGAGGUGGCCAAAGAGAAUGGUAUGGACAUCUUCCGUGUCUUUGACUCUCUGAACUACCUUCCCAACAUGCUGCUGGGAAUGGAGGCAGCCGGGGCAGCGGGAGGUGUGGUGGAAGCGGCCAUCUCCUACACCGGCGACGUCUCUGACCCCAUGAGAAAGAAAUACUCACUGGAUUACUACAUAAAGCUGGCUGACGAGCUCGUGAAGGCUGGCACGCACAUACUUUGCAUCAAGGAUAUGGCCGGCUUGCUGAAACCAGAAGCUAGCCGUUUGCUGAUUGGUGCACUGAGGGAUCGUUUUCCUGACAUGCCCAUUCACGUGCACACUCACGAUACGGCAGGUGCCGGCGUGGCAGCCAUGUUGGCGUGUGCAGAAGCCGGAGCUGACAUCGUGGACGUCGCAGUGGACUCCAUGGCUGGCAUGACCUCUCAGCCCAGCAUGGGUGCCAUCGUUGCCUGCACAAAGGGAAACAAACAAGACACAGGCAUAUCUCUGGAUAAGGUCUUUGACUACAGUGAGUACUGGGAAGUGGCCCGUGGUCUCUAUGCUCCGUUUGACUGCACAGCCACUAUGAAAUCCGGGAACGCUGACGUUUACGAGAAUGAGAUCCCGGGAGGCCAGUACACCAACCUGCACUUUCAGGCUCACAGCAUGGGCCUAGGCAACAAGUUCAAGGAGGUGAAGAAAGCCUAUGCCGAGGCCAACAAACUCCUGGGAGACCUCAUCAAGGUGACUCCGUCUUCGAAGAUCGUGGGAGACCUGGCGCAGUUCAUGGUCCAGAACUCCCUGACACGGGCCGAGGUGGAAGAGCGGGCCGACGAGCUCUCCUUCCCUCUCUCGGUGGUGGAGUUCUUGCAGGGCCACGUCGGCAUCCCUCAUGGAGGCUUCCCGGAGCCGUUUAGGUCUAAGGUGUUGAAAUCGCUGCCUCGUAUAGAUGGUCGUCCAGGUGCCUCACUCCCCGCGAUGGACUUCAAGGGUUUGGAGAAGCAGCUGCGUGAAACGCACGGUGAGGACAUCACUCCAGAGGAUGUAAUGUCUGCAGCCAUGUACCCCAAAGUGUUCCAGGAAUACAAGGAGUUCACCACCACCUUCGGACCUGUCGACUGCCUCAACACCCGCCUCUUCCUGGAUGGGCCGAAGAUUGCAGAGGAGUUUGAGGUGGAGCUCGAGAGAGGAAAGAUUCUCCAUAUUAAAGCACUGGCACUGGGCGAUCUAAAUAAAGCCGGUCAGAGAGAGGUCUUCUUCGAGCUCAAUGGUCAGCUGAGGUCUGUCCUGGUCAAAGACACCGUGGCCCUUAAGGAGAUGCACUUCCACCCAAAGGCUCUGAAGGAUGUGCGGGGUCAGGUCGGAGCGCCCAUGCCAGGGAAAGUGGUCGAGGUCAGGGUCAAAGAGGGCCAGAAGGUGGAAAAAGGCCAGCCUCUGUGCAUCCUUAGCGCCAUGAAGAUGGAGACCGUGGUGAACUCGCCACUUUCUGGCACCGUGGCUAAAGUCUAUGUCAAAGUCGACAGCACCCUGGAAGGCGAUGACCUCAUUCUGGAGAUCACAGAGUAAAGCAAGCAACGUCAGAAGGCAUCCAGGACACAGCUCUGAAAAGUGCUAUCAGCUCCUGUAUGGGCCUGUGUACACACACACACACACACACACACACACACACAGGUACACACACACACACACAGGUACACACACAGGUACACACACACACCAAAAGCACACAUUUUUUAAAGCAGAUGUAUGCACAGAUUUUGGAACUGACAGAGGGAGGGAGUUCAAUAUUUAGUCUAAAAUGAUCUACACCUAGUUAUUGCCUAAUGUAUCCCGAAAUUAGUGUUUGUGCACUGGGUGCAGAAGAGUUCUUGUUUUCAUGUCAUCUGAAUCUAUUUUGCAUAAUCACCUGUCAUGUGUAAUCACCAGAGCUAAUGAUCCAUGAGCUGAAAACUAGUGUUACAUUAACAUUGAGUGUCUCUGUUUAAUGUUGAUGUCAUUAUGUCUUGGAAAUAUGUAGAAACAGGAUUGUGGCAGUAAAAAGAUUAACUAUGAAGAAAGCAUGCAAUAAACGAAAAUGAUGAGUUUACUCUGCAGAAAAGUACAUUUAAAUAGAUAUUGAGAUAUUAAUAGCAGCUAAUUUCUUGUACAGUGUCCUUUGAGGUGUUGCCUUUAAUUCUGAAUUAACUAAAAGAGAAAUAAAAUGAAAGCUCCCAUGUAGCCUGUACCUUAGCUUUCUGUCUUUCAUUCAGUUGAGAUCAGUUCAGAAUUUUUAGUUGUUGGGUAAAGUCUAAACUUUGGCAAAAUUCAUACAUAAAGUAAAAUACUAGCAUCAUGAUGAAUAUGAUCUAUGGCCUUGUUAGCCCUGAGUGCCUGAAAGCUCUAACUAAUGCAUUCUGGGUAAACCGCAGCAGAGUGUGAAAGGAUUGGCUGGCUGACCACUGAUGCAUUUUUUUGGCUGAGUUUCAAUUAUAACAAUGAUCACUGAUGGUGAGAUGAGGUCCAGUGAAACCCUGAAGUCUCAGAGCUCUUGGAGAAUGCACUUUCCUCGAUGCUGAUCUUGAGUUAUUGUUCUGAUUUACCCCUGAAUGUGAAUAUCACACCAGUCCUGUUACAUUCCUCCUGUGAUCAGGCACGCUAUUUUUUUGGCCUGCAGAGCUGCGUUCCCUAUCUUCCUUUCCCUUUUCCAUUCCCGUCCCCUUUCCCUGUCCCCUUUCCCCAUCCCCUCACUACAGCGUUGCAACUGGAGGUUUCUCAAUUAGUGUUAUCUUUUUGUAGCUUGGUAUCAAAUGUGAGGUUUGCAAGAGGCUUCUAUGGAGAGCACUCAACACCGAGCGUUCACACACUUGAAUAGUGGCGAAUUGGUAAUCCAUUAGCCAACACCUGGAGUGCCUCAGCUUCGGCUGUGGAGUACCAUUUAAUUGGGGGUAUAACCAUCUUAACCAGGCUAAUUUUAGACAUAACUUGCUUGAUGAUGCUUAAUAACUGGAAUGUCGUCGUCCUGUCGUGCAGUAGUAAAAAAUAAACUGGAAUGGCUGCUAAAGAGAUUUUUUGACCCAAUGUCCCUUCAGAGCAUCUGUAGUGUAUGUGAAAUUAUAGUUACCGAGAAGAAUUUUCAACAAGUUUCCCAGCGCUGAGGAAUCAACCGCAAAUCCCAUUAGCUGAAACUUCUAGCUAGAGUCUAAGGGUAGUUAAAAUCUAUCAAACAGUAAUAAGCGUGUAGCGCAACGACCAUAACACCAGCAAUAAAGGUGCAAUUAUCAGACAGAUAUGAGAAUUUAUAUAGCUCAUACAGCUUGUGUUUACUUUUAAUUUCCAGAAGAUUUAUGGUAUCAGUGAGCCUUCUGGUAGAAAGUAACGACAACUGUUCUUACUUUUUUCCUUAUAUUAGUAGUGCAGUGAGAAGCUUCUUACUGUUACUUUGUUAGAAAUUAAGGUUAUUUUUACGUGUUUUGGCAGCAUGCUCAGCUCCAGGGUCACCAGUUUAAUCCAAUGCUUAGGUUAUUGUCUGUGUGGGAUUCCGCAUGUUCUCAUUUCCACUGGUUUUCUCUGGAGUCACUGGUUUCCUUCCACCUCCCAAAAUCAUGCCGCCAGGUUGUUUGCCUGUGCUAAACUGCCCUUACUGUACGUGUUGAUUUUGUGAGUGCAUGUUAUCCGUUAUGGACUGAUCACUCAUUAAUACUACGUCUCUGCUUUCUCAUUCCCAGGAUCCCGAAUCUAUAAUAAGCCUGUCAAGGAUAAAUGGCUUACUAAAGAUAAAUGAAUUCAAUGUUUUUUUUUUUUUUUUUUUUUUUUAGAGAGCUUUAUACAAUACCAAGUUUGAACUGAAGAUUGAUUCUUUUAAACAGUGAUUUACUGCUUCAACAGCUACCCUUAGACUUCCAUCAUUAAUGUUUAGAUCAAAACGAUCAGAAAUGGAUUAAAAUGUUGUGUUUUUUUUGUAAGGUAAGAUGAGUAUAAAUUCAUGCACCAGGCUUUGUUUUUCCAGUCUUCACCUAUCCAGUUUUGGUAAAGCCUCAAUCCUGACAGGACUAAAACCUGAUGUGGACCUUCUGCAGAUGAUUCCCCUUAAGCUUUGGCCUGUUAUGCAUUCUGUGAUUGCAUUUCUGUUCAACACAGUUGCAAAGUGUAGUUAUUUGAAUUACUCGGGACUUCCUGUCCAUUCAAACCAGUCUGUCCAUUUUUCUCUGCUCUGUUUGAUAGGAAAAUUGUUUUUCUGGUAGCUUUUUAUGCACAAUGCUGCUGUUACAUGAUUGACUGAUUGCAUAACUGCUUGAAUGAGCAGCGGCAGUCAAGUGAGUGCGUGUUGAGCGAGAUUGGGAAUUGUUACAAUAAGUUUCUGUCAGUAACUCGUAUUGCAGUGCUCUCUCUUAACUGUUACUCCUGUCUACUAGUCAUACUGACCUCCACCGUGUUCCACAGUUCUAUAUAUUACAUCACAAUUUGCUUACUAUGAUAUUCUUGAGGUGUAGAAAGGCUCUGGACUUCUCAAUGCCAUCACUAGUCACUUGUAUUUGGUCUUCCUUGUGGCAUUAACUGAUGUUUUUCCUUGUGGCUAAAAUAAAUGUUUUACUGACAUGUAACAAGUUUUUCUAAGCAACUAUUGUUUACUUCAUGGUAGAUGAGGGUUUUACAAAUGGAAUAAAUGUUUCAAAAUGAAUGCACUUGUUUCAAGUAAUGAAAUUCAGUAUGCUAAAUUGUAGGUAUGUAUACAUUAAUAAUUGGGAUCAUGCUGCAGAGAAGUGGAAUUAAUCUUACGGAUGUGUUCAAAAUGAUUGAUUUAAUAGUGUUGUCUCGAUGUGCAUUUAUUUCCCUUCCAUAUGUGAUCUUAAUGAUUUGUAAGAGUUUAUGCAAAUACCAAUUCUUCAGAAACCUUUGGUCUAUGUUGGAAAAUAAAAAACGGAUGUAAAAUAAAAAAGUAUAACAGA